UCGGCACAGAGCCCGAUGCAGGGCUCGAACUCACGAGCUGUGAUAUCAUGACCUGAGCUGGAGUCGGACGCUUAACCUACUGAGCCACCCAGGCGCCCCUUAGCGGAACUUUUAAAAAGGGAUUUCCCCUACACACUGGAAGGUGUUGGUCCUGCACUAGCCCUUUUCCUAUUUGUCAAGCCCUCAUGAGAAGCGGGGCGCUGUGCUGGUUCGUGAUUCAGCAGCGGAGGACCGCCACUGCCUUAGACGGAUUCAUUCAUUGGAUGGACAUCCUCUGCAAACAUAGAGCAGGGCGCUGGGCUUAGUCCUCGGUCAAAUACUCCUUCCUUGAGGAACUGACAUUCUGUCAAGUGUUCAAAUAAACAGAAGGUGGUUGAUAAAAGGGCCAAGGGAACUCCCUGUUUAAAAGGCCCUGAAGUGUGAAGGAUGGGGUGGGGGUGGGGUGGAGAAUGUUCACGGUCUUCAAGAGCGCACCUGUAGUUGGAGUGGGGGGCUGUAUAUAGUGGGCUGGAUGAGGCUGAAGAAGUAGGCAGAGACGGAGUAAGACGGAGGCUGCAUGUGUGGUAAGGCUGCUUUAGCCAGGAAAGUUUUAGUCGUAAGUGACAAAAAUCCACCUAAGGAAAAAGGGAAGCCUUUAUUGGCUCGGAAACUAAACGUUCCGGGCUCUUCCUACCAAAGAUGUCACUGAGUUGUGAACCCUCUCUGUCUCACGGUUGCUCUCCUCCGGCUGGCCUGUGUGAUGUGGUCCUCGGAUCCCCUUUGUGACACAGAGGCCGAAGACUGGACUGGAGGGGAAUGGGCAGGGCUAACUGAUAAGGGCCGCUCUUGAAAGUUGCCUUCUCUUCGGGCCAGGUCUAGGCGUCCCCACCUGAGGCCCCCUGGGGGAGGGCAGGAGGUUGGCCUCUGAGGGAGCUUAUGGAGGCGGAGAACGGGACAGGUGUGUGUGUGUGUGUGGGGGGGGGGGUGUCUGUUUCCACACUCGCUUUUUUAAAACGGCAAGCCCAGAGUCCCCUGUCUCUUUGAGGACCUGAAAUGCCUUUGCUCGGCGGCAUCCUCGUCCUUCCAGAGAGGCAGGACCGUUUGGAUUGGUGAGAGCGAACAAGGAGGGCGGCAACGCCAAGAGCUCCUCCCGAAUCCCGCCCCCUCGUUCCGGCGCUGGGUGCCCGGGUGCUGAGCGGCUCCAGAGCUGCUGGGGGCAGAGGGCCGCCCGCUUCCGCCCCGCGCACACGCGGCCUGGGCAGAAGCACGUCCCACCUGGGGACCCCCUUUCUUUCUGGGCUCCGGCGCUUCCGCCUCCGGGGCGGAGACUCCUCCCCUCUCCGUCCCAGUCGCCUUCCCCGGGAGAGCGGCCCGAACAGCCUCCGCCCGCCGACCCCCUCCCGCAGCCCGGCCGCCCCGGCCCGCGCGGCUUCAGCACCGCGGACAGCGCCCCGCCCGCGGCAUGGCCCUGCGCUCUGGCCCCGCCGCGCUGCUGCUCGGCUGCGGCCUCCUCGGGCUGCGCGCAGGGAUCUUUCAGGAGAAGCCAUGAAAACAUGAAAUCUCCAGUCUUUUGAGACCACUGUCUGAGACCUUGCAGGAAGAGCAGGUCUCCACAAUCCUUGCGGAAUGGGUUCCUAGUCUGGAGACAUCUGUGUGGGGCUCCCUGGUCAGUGAUCUCAGAGAACGGCUUCCCCAUGAGGGGCCCCCACGGGCUGACCUAGGCAUUUUGGUGUAUCCUUAGGGAUGGAGCAGCGGGACGCUGCUGUUUCAGCCUGGCUGGCCCACUUGGCUAGGGAGAGCGGGAUGCUAGGUGGGCCCCCCUUGCCCACUUCCUUCCUUCCUGCCCCCCCACUCCCCUGCCCAGGCGUCUGGGGUACUGACACGGAGGAGCGGCUAGUGGAGCACCUCCUAGAUCCUUCCCGGUACAACAAGCUCAUUCGCCCAGCCACCAAUGGCUCUGAGCUGGUGACCGUUCAGCUCAUGGUGUCGCUGGCCCAGCUCAUUAGUGUGCAUGAGCGGGAACAGAUCAUGACCACCAAUGUCUGGCUGACCCAGGAAUGGGAAGAUUAUCGCCUCACCUGGAAGCCUGAGGAGUUCGACAACAUGAAGAAGGUUCGGCUCCCUUCCAAGCACAUCUGGCUGCCGGAUGUGGUCCUAUACAACAACGCCGACGGCAUGUACGAGGUGUCCUUCUAUUCCAACGCCGUGGUCUCCUACGACGGCAGCAUCUUCUGGCUGCCGCCCGCCAUCUACAAGAGCGCCUGCAAGAUCGAGGUGAAGCACUUCCCCUUCGACCAGCAGAACUGCACCAUGAAGUUCCGCUCGUGGACCUACGACCGCACGGAGAUCGACUUGGUGCUCAAGAGUGACGUGGCCAGCCUGGACGACUUCACGCCCAGUGGCGAGUGGGACAUCGUGGCGCUGCCGGGCCGGCGCAACGAGAACCCGGACGACUCCACGUACGUGGACAUCACGUACGACUUCAUCAUCCGGCGCAAGCCCCUCUUCUACACCAUCAACCUCAUCAUCCCCUGCGUGCUCAUCACCUCGCUGGCCAUCCUCGUCUUCUACCUGCCGUCCGACUGCGGCGAGAAAAUGACGCUGUGCAUCUCCGUGCUGCUGGCGCUCACCGUCUUCCUGCUGCUCAUCUCCAAGAUCGUGCCGCCCACCUCGCUGGACGUGCCGCUGGUGGGCAAGUACCUCAUGUUCACCAUGGUGCUGGUCACCUUCUCCAUCGUCACCAGCGUGUGCGUGCUCAACGUGCACCACCGCUCGCCCACCACGCACACCAUGGCGCCCUGGGUCAAGGUCGUGUUCCUGGAGAAGCUGCCCGCGCUGCUCUUCAUGCAGCAGCCGCGCCACCGCUGCGCCCGCCAGCGCCUGCGCCUGCGGCGGCGCCAGCGCGAGCGCGAGGCGGGCGCCCUCCUCUUCCGAGAAGCCCCCGGGGAGCCGGCGGGCCCGGCGCAAGGCUGCGGGCUCCGCGCGGCGGUGGACGGCGUGCGCUUCAUCGCGGACCACGUGCGCAGCGAGGACGACGACCAGAGCGUGAGCGAGGACUGGAAGUACGUCGCCAUGGUCAUCGACCGUCUCUUCCUGUGGAUCUUUGUCUUCGUCUGUGUUUCCGGCACCAUCGGCAUGUUCCUGCAGCCUCUCUUCCAGAACUUCUCCGCUGCCGCCUUCCUGCACGCGGACCGCUCGGCGCCCAGCUCCAAGUGACGCCCUCCCCGGCCCGUGCUCCUUCGGCCCCUUCGCCCGUGCCCUCUGUUGCCGGUAGUUGGGGCGGAGGGGGGACAAGUGAGCUGGGGGCGGGGAGGGGGGGAGGCUGCCGCGGAUCCAUUCUUUCCCGCCCCCCGGGCCCCUCCCCAGCACCUGUGGCGGCACACGGCGGCCGGCCUGUCCCCUUGCACCGGCCAGGCAGGCUGGUGGGGCACGAAGGCUGACGAGGGAGAAUGGGGAUGUGGGCCCUCCACGCCGAGGGAGGAGUGGCAGGGGAGGGGCC